GAGACCAAGAGAUUGAGACUGAGAAGAAAGAGAUUUUGUCUGAAGAAAAAAAAAAAAAAUGGUGUCAAAUUCGUGUUACUGUAUUCGAUUUGCGAGUAUAAAUAUCUCCCAUCGCUUCAGUUUAUUCACACGUAAAUCAUUAUCUUCGAGCUCUGUUCACAGAUCAAAAGUAACCAAUAAGCUAAUCACUUCUGGCCCUGGAAUUUCCAGAUAUUCUUCGAACCGAGCAUUGUCAUUGCUGGCAUUUGAGAGAAGUGAGCCCAGUAAACCAGAAAGGAAGCUAAACAGAGAAGAUACAUUAGAAGAGGAAGCGAUGACGAUUAAGCCGGCGAUUCGUAUCGCUGAGAGGAAGCUGAUAGUGAAGGAUCGCACUAUCCUCAGUGGAGUAUCGGACAAUGUGAUCGAAACGUCCGGUUCGGACUCAGGUCCGGUGGAGGGGUUGUUCCUCGGGGCGGUGUUCGAGGAGGAGAAGAGCAGACACGUCGUCUCCAUUGGUUCACUUCGCGAUGUCCGGUUCAUGGCCUGCUUUAGGUUCAAGUUAUGGUGGAUGGCUCAGAAGAUGGGCGAUUAUGGCAGAGACAUUCCUCUCGAGACUCAAUUCCUAUUGGUCGAGACCAAGGAUGGGGGAUCUCACCUUGACGGCAACCCUAUUGUAUACACCGUUUUCCUCCCCUUGAUCGAAGGACCCUUCCGCGCCUGCUUGCAGGGGAACGUCAACGACGAGCUGGAGCUUUGCCUAGAGAGCGGCGACGCAGACAUCAAAGCGUCGUCGUUUACGCACUCCUUGUUUAUCCACGCGGGAACGGAUCCUUUUUGCGCCAUCACGGAUGCAAUCAGGGCAGUUAAACUCCAUCUCAAGACGUUCCGCCAACGUCACGAGAAGAAGCUGCCCGGGAUAGUUGACUAUUUUGGGUGGUGCACGUGGGAUGCUUUUUACCAGGAAGUUACCCAAGAAGGGGUGGAGGCCGGGCUCGAAUCCCUCGCCGCCGGUGGGACUCCUCCAAAGUUUGUAAUCAUUGAUGAUGGGUGGCAAUCCGUUGGAGGGGAUCCAUCGGAGGGACCAGAUUCCUCUGAUCAGGCAGCGAACAAGCCCCAGCCGUUGCUUAGGCUGACUGGGAUCAGAGAAAACGCCAAGUUCCAAGACACGGAGGAUCCAACUGUGGGAAUAAAAAGCAUAGUUAACAUUGCAAAGAACAAACAUGGGCUCAAGUACGUGUACGUGUGGCACGCGAUCACAGGGUACUGGGGUGGUGUCCGGCCGGGCGCGAAGGAGAUGGAGCAAUACGAGUCGUCGAUGAAAUACCCGAUGGUGUCGAAAGGUGUGGUGGAGAACGAGCCGACAUGGAAGACGGAUGUGAUGGCGGUGCAGGGGCUGGGGCUGGUGAAUCCAAAGAACGUGCACAGAUUUUACAACGAGCUUCACAGUUAUCUGGCGUCUGCGGGUAUAGAUGGGGUUAAGGUAGAUGUGCAAUGCAUAUUAGAGACUCUUGGUGCUGGAUUGGGCGGCAGGGUUGAGUUGACCAGGCAGUACCAUCAGGCUCUUGAUGCUUCCAUUGCUAGGAAUUUCCCAGAUAAUGGCUGCAUUGCAUGUAUGAGCCACAACACUGAUGCACUAUACUGCUCGAAACAGACGGCUGUCGUGAGAGCAUCGGACGAUUUCUUCCCGCGCGACCCAGUUUCGCACACAAUCCACAUAGCGGCGGUGGCUUACAACAGCGUGUUCUUGGGUGAGUUUAUGCAGCCUGAUUGGGAUAUGUUCCAUUCGCUCCAUCCUGCUGGGGAGUACCAUGCAUCAGCCAGGGCAAUCAGCGGAGGACCCAUAUACGUUAGUGAUGCACCUGGGAACCAUAACUUUGAUCUGCUGAAGAAGAUAGUUCUGCCUGAUGGGUCGAUUCUUCGAGCCCGAUUACCGGGUAGGCCAACCCAAGAUUGCUUGUUUACGGACCCCGCCCGUGAUGGUGCUAGCUUGUUGAAGAUUUGGAACAUGAACAAGUACACUGGAGUUUUGGGCGCUUACAACUGCCAAGGUGCAGCAUGGAACAGCAGUGAGAGGAAGAACACAUUCCAUAAAACUAAAACUGACUCCAUAACCGGCCACACCAAGGGCCGUGACGUCCACCUCAUUGCCGAAGCCACCUCCGAGGACCCCGACUGGAGCGGUGACUGCGCCGUCUACUCCCACCGCGGCAGUGAGCUCAUCACUCUCGCUCAGAAUACCGCACUGCCCAUUUCCCUCAAGGUUCUGGAGUACGAAAUAUACACUGUAACGCCCAUCAAGGUCUUAGCACCAGGCUUCAGCUUCGCUCCCUUGGGACUCAUCAACAUGUUCAAUGCCGGGGGUGCUAUUGAGGGCCUGAAGUAUGAAGUAAAAGACCAAAACAGUGGUGUUGUGGGUGAAGAGAGAACCGCGAAUUGCAGUGAUGAAUUGGUGGGAAAGGUAACAAUGCACGUUAAGGGGUGCGGCAAGUUUGGUGCAUACUCAUCCACGAAACCGAGGAGAUGCGUCGUGGGAUCUGGACCCGGUGAGGUUGGAUUUGAGUAUGAUUCCUCUUCUGGUCUGCUAACUUUCAGCUUGGUUAAAUUGCCCGAGGAGGAGAAUAAAGUCCACGUUGUGGAGCUUGAGUUAUGAGUCACAAAAAGGAAUUUUCAUGUCAGUGGUUGGGAGCAGGGAGGGAACCACGGACUCUGAUGGUGUAAAUCUACAUUUAUUCUUCUUUAAUAUGUAUGUAUAAGUUAAUGCAUGUAAACAUUAGAUGAAGAGAAUACAGACUGCUCGAACUUUCUUCCUCA